CCUUGCUAAUUUAUUUAUAUCAGCACUAUUUAAAGUCGUAGCAUAGAAACACAACUUGAACCUGCGGAACCCUUUUCAAAGAAGGACGAGAUCAUCAUUAAAUCCCAAGCACACAUGAAGGCUUUCUCAAGAAAUUACAGCUGAAACAUUUUUCCGGUGAUAUUUGCCAGGAUCGAAGGGUUUAAUUUUGCCGCGGAAAAAUCUGGUGGCUUCGAAUAGUAGUAGUAGUAGUAGUAGAAGUAGUAGAAACUUUAUUAGAGUGUCGAAAAAAAACCGUCUAGCCAGGGAACAAAUCCCCUACUAAUUUGGGGACACCAAUUAGGGGAGAAUAUACAAACUAAAUACAGUAGUAGAUAAAAUAUCUAUAGUUAACUUAUUAAGAGAUUUAUAGUAAAAAUACACAGAAGUCAAAAUGAACAAAGGCUACAGCCUGCGCAGCCAUCAUCUAAAAGUUCACUUAUAUUGAGUUGGCGUAUCUUGCUUUUAAACGACGUUAGGGUUGUGACGUCCCUGAUACUCUUGGGUAGUUUUGUCCAUAGCUUAGGCCCUAAAUAUCUAAUAGAGUGCUUGCCAUAGGUGACUGUCUCAUACCUAGGUAUAGAGAAAUCUGCUUGCCGCAGAUUGUAAUUACUAUUUGGUUCUUUAAAGAUGUUACUUAUAUAUGCAGGGCACAGUUUAUGCCUUGCUUUAUACAUAAGUAUGCACAGAUCCUGUAAGCGACUAUUUAGUAGUGUUGGCAGAUCUGCCUUCAUACCCGGUCUCGAAUGUUAGAUCGUGGUAAAUCAACGUUUAUAUUAGAGAAUAUAAACAAUACUGUGACACAAAUAUCUAAGUUUAAUCGAAACCGUAAUUAAAUAUUCGCUGUGUAGUGUAAUUUGUAAAAACUAGCUACUGGGCGUUGAAUUUUGUCAUGCUUUUCGCUUUCUUCCUUUUUCUCAAUUUCGGUUAAGUCCGGUUCUAUACGGAAAUAUAUAUAUUUCAAUAUUUCAAGUAUUUUUUUUUCCAAUUUUUCAUUCGUAUAUUUUUUUCUAAAUGAGAAACAGAUGAAAUUCCACCGCUGGCCGGGAGCUUCGCAGAUAACACGAAAUUGGCGCGAAGACUUGUCCGGUGUCUUAGGGCAAAGGGGACAGAGGUGGGGAGGUAUUGGCGAGAGGCAAUCAAUAUAUUACUCAAUUAUAUUUAUUUAAUGUGAGUAGUUAGAUAUUGUGCACAGAGACUGAGUUCAAUGUUAAAAUUUAUCAAUUAACUUUAAACCUGUUUUGUCAGACAGAGUAUGAAAUUGUACUUUUCCAUAGAAGUUGCCUAAACUGUUACAAAGAAAGUAGUAGCUAGCAAUCACUUGAACCCUAUGCACUGUGAUUAUUAGUUGGGUGAGAUGGACGAAAAGUUUGUUGAAAUUGUUUUGGUGGUUAAAUAGGGGUGUGAUCACCGGCAAUCUUCCCCAUUACCCAAAUCUCGAGAUCCCUGGUUCACCAAUGGUGAAACUUCAAAGACCAUGCACCAAAAGAAGUCAAAUGGUACAUUACCGCUGGAAACAGAACCAGUUGUGUGAGACAACAACAAAAUUUUAACUUUAAAACUUAGUUGUUAAACUUCUGGCAGCACACACAACUGAAAAUCAUGGUAAAAGUCAGCUCUUUAUUUUUUUUUUUCUGUUGGUGAUUUUUUAUUCAGUUAAACUUUUUAUCAUCAGCUCUGUCAACAUGGCAGUAAAUUUCACACCCAAAAAAUCAAAUUUGAAGGCGUCUGGAUCGUCCAUGGAAGCAAUGUUUGCCAAAGCUCAGAAAACCCAAGCUGCUCUUCAAAAAGACUACAAGAAUGCCCCAACAACCUCGCCUAGCAAAGCUGGUUCAAAAGCUCCCAAACCAAGACAAGGGAAGGCUUCAGGCUCAAAACCAUCUCAUGGUCCUGCUGCUUCCAAACCAAAACCAAGAUCAAAUGCAAUUUCAAGUGAGUUUGAGAAGAAGGAGUAUUUUGAUGAAGAAGAUUUGCUGUCAGAAAAGAUCCAGGUUCUGGCUCAGUGGAUCCGUGAAAGUAGAUACUGUAUUGUUUUUACAGGCGCUGGUAUUAGCACAAGUACUGGUAUUCCUGAUUUUAGGAGUGGUGUGAACACAGUCCUCACCACUGGCCCAGGGGUGUGGGAGCGCAAGGCUCAUGGCAUCAAGUUACCCUCACAGCAAAAAAAAGUACAAAGUGUAUUGAAGGCUGUGCCAUCACCAUCACAUAUGGCAAUAGUUAAGCUUGUGAGGGAAGGCCUAGUGAAGUUUGUGGUGAGCCAAAAUACUGAUGGCCUGCACAGGCGAUCAGGCCUCAAUCCCAGGUGCCUUGCUGAGCUGCAUGGUAAUACAAAUAUGGAACACUGUCUAAAGUGUGGGUCAAAGUUCAUGCGUGACUUUAGAACCCGUACAGCCAAAACUGUACAUGACCACUUGACAGGCCGUACCUGUGAUGACCCCAAUUGCCACGGGCCUCUUGCUGACUCCAUAAUAAACUUUAAUGAAGACCUACCAGAGGAUGAACUAGACAGUGCAUUUGAAAAUGCAAAACUUUCAGAUCUAUGCAUAGUUUUGGGGUCAAGCCUUAGGGUUUACCCAGCUGCUGACAUACCAGGGGACAUGAUCAAAAGAGGAGCUAAAGUGGUCAUUGUGAACCUUCAGAAGACACCUUUCAACAAAAGAUGUGCUUUGGAAGUUCACUCUACAAUUGAUGUUGUUUUACUCAAACUUUUGAAAGAAUUAGGCCUUGAAGUGCCACAGUUUCAGCUUAAACGAUGCUUCCAAGUGGAUGUCAGGAAUGACUCACUGGUGAUUCAAGGACUGGAUCCAGCCACAAAAAAACCCUACUCAUUUUUGAAACAAGUGAAAUUUGAGAUUCCUUCUCUUAGGAUAGAUAAAAAAGUGAUGAGGGAGCCCUUUGAAGUCAAGUUCCCCAGGAGAGUAGUUCUGUCCAAGGAGAAUCCAAUGCCCAUAAGUCUUACUCUGAGCUUUCAGGGGCAUUAUGGGGAACCUCACUUGAAAAUUGGAAAGAACAUGGAAGAAGUUGGACUGAUUGUCUUCUUGCUUACUUUUGAUGUCACCACAGUUGAGUGGGAAACUGAGGUCUUGGAGUAAUAAUGAAACUUGUUCAAUUAUGGCAACUGAAGGCUGAACAUAAAUGUUAUUAAUAUGUUGAGUAUUGAUAAAGCCAUGAAUUGUGUCUUUCUAUCAAUUUACAUUGCAUUUUAAAGUGUAUUACAUUUUAAGUAAAUGUAAUGCUAAAAAUAUGUUUCAUCUUUCUAAUUUUCCACAAUAGACAGGGUUUUAAAAUGUUUUAAAGAGGGCAUCAGACUCUGCUAAAGUAGGUGACUGUGAAAAGCUCACCAAGGGUCAAAAGGUAAUUUUGACCAAUGUAACCAGCAACAUGUUCUCAAGUAGCUGGUGGAACUCUGGCAGUCACCUGCUGGUUUGAGUCUCAAGCCUGCAAAGUUUCUGUUGUGCCACAAGGGCUAAUGAGAACCUGCUUGUUUCUAGAGAGGCAUCUACUCAUGAUGAUUUCUGUGAAGGGUGAAUUUAAAUAA